AUGGCUCGUACUCGAGGAGGUUCAUCAUAUCGUGGAGAGAGUUCCUCACAGGGUGAGAGGUGGAGACUUACUGUUUCUGCUCGCAGAAGACGUGGAGCAGUUGAGUUUGAUGUUCAUGUUGAGGAUGCAGUUGAGGAUCAUGCAUUUGUGGAGCAUGAUAUUGAGCAGGAGGAGGAUCAUGAGGAUGUUGCUGAAGGUGGAUUUCCUGGAGGUCCAUUAGACACUUCAAUAUUGACACAUUACAUUCACCAUGUUACUUAUGCGAUAUGGCAGGGUCGGGAACGGGAUGAGAUCAAGUUGAUCUCCCAUGGGAAGAAGUUAAACAGAUUAGGAUCCUGCCACGAGGGCAUUAGAGACAUCGUUAAUGGUUCUGGUCUGAUGUCUCUGGUGGGCAUCUCCUAUGACUAUGUCGAUAGGGGUCUACUGCUGGCAUUUGUAGAGAGAUUUCAUUUUGAGACCAACAGUUUCCAUCUCCUCGUGGGUGAGAUGACUGUGACUUUAGAUGAUGUGUCAUCAUUGCUGCACCUCCCAAUGUUAGGCCAAUUAUGUGAUCUGGAGGAUGUAGAUUUUGAAGAAAGUAGACGCGCCAUUAUGGAGCUUUUAGGCAUGGAUGGUAGGAGAGCUGGUGCUGAGUUACAUGCAGCUCACGGUGCAAAGGUCAGAUUGAGUUGGCUUCGAGACAUCUACGCUAAGCACUGUGAGCAGCAGCAGUGGGAGUACGCUGCCUGGGCAUACUUGUUGCAUCUAGUUGGAUGCAAUAUAUUUGCUGAUAAGAAUGGCACAUCCAUUCGCGUGUCUUAUCUUUUGCUCUUUAGAGACAUACAUGCAUGUGGUCGAUAUGCCUGGGGUGUUGUUGCACUAGCACAUAUGUAUGAGCAGGUAGAAGAUGUUAUCUUGGCUUCAACUAGACAGAUGGCAGGUUAUUUGACUCUAUUACAGAGUUGGAUAUAUGAGCACUUCCCUACGUUGGGAAGAAGGCAUCUGUUGUCUUCGUACAUGGAAGACAGACCGCGUGCUGCGAAGUGGGAGUCACCGAGGCAGGGUUCCACCCUUUUAGAGGUCAGGAUUGGUGAGACGUUGUGUCAACAUUUGCCUGAGCGUGUUUUGAGGCAGUUUGGGUUUCAGCAGUCUAUCCCUCGAGACCCACCCGUUGUUGCAGAUGCGAACAUACUGACCACCAAUGAUGCCUGGUUAGACUAUCAUGAUCACGUGGUUAGGGGUGUGUUCAUUGGCAGAUUCCCAUCUGAUUGCGUUGAUGGUCACCUUCCUUGGUUUAGGAUGAUAUCUCAUCCUUACAUUAUUCCUAUUGCCGAUGACGACCGACCGAGUCUUGCUCCCAAACUCCGACGUGACAUUUAUGAUGAAGGUGUAGUGAGGACAUUUGCAAGAAGGUUACAACAAAUGUUCUCUUGCAGGGAGAUUCCCGAAGGGACAGUAGGAUACAGUCAUGCACGAGAGCUACUGGAGUUAGUUGAAUCAACCAUUGAAGAGUAUUCACCGACUAGGAUAGCUGCUAGGAAUGUUCGUGACAGACAUGUUCAUGGAAGACGGUCUACUUCAAAUUGA